UGAGCGGAACCAUCCGUCCAUCACGAUAGGCGGGGGGAAGACAAAGGCCGCUGCACAACCGCUCGGCUCAUCGGAAGGAGAACGUCUGCAACACGAAACUGACGAAACGACGCACAUGGACUCGCUCCGCCGGCGGGAGACGACAAAUGCAGACAUGUGUGAAUGGAUUGCACCGGCAUAUCUCUGAGAAUAUAACGUCUGGGCUCGCUCCCUCAGAAGUGCACCAGGUUGCAGUGACAUGGUAAUGAUUGUUGAAUGGUACAGGACGACUGUGGACCAGAAGAGCAGCGGGGGUUUGCCAAUGACUGGUGAAGACACUGGUUUGGGGUCUUUGGCCCCACCACUGGCGGGGUAUUUGGGAAAAAUUCAGGAAAGAGCUGCAUCACUCGAGCAUUGUCCCUGGUGUACUUCAAAGGGCUUAACCUAUGCUCUGCACUCAUACCGCAUCAACCUCCAGGAGUCAAUCACCCUCUGCACAAACCCACAGUGCCUUUUCCCUCUGGUCAGUCACUCCUUGGAGGAUGUUUUUGCUAGCUUGGUUCCUGUGGAGCCCACAGUUGGGAACAAAAGAAAAACCCUGUUGCCACUGGAGAAGGAAGAGCUGAUUAAACCCCCCCCCAAACGCCCACGAUCAAGUGAACCUGAUAGUUUUGGGACACCAAAUGUUACCGACACGCUUUACUGCCAAGCACAGCGUUGUGCUGUAAACACCGUCAGUAAUGGCCAACAUGCAGCACCCGAGGCAGAUGGUGAAAAGCUUAAUGGAUACAACAGGGUCUUUGAUUGUCCAGCUGCAGAGACACCAGUGGGGGCAUCGCUGCAAGUUGAGGAUGUUGUUCUGGAGAUGGAAACAGACAGUGCUGCCUGUACAGAGGGAUUUACUCCUCCUACAUACUCGGCCUCAGCUGGACACCUGCAGAGCUCAUCAGAAGCCUUGUUGACUGCUGGUGGGGAUCGUUGUGCUGCUCUUGUUAUGUCAGAGGCAGAGGAUGACUCCCGGCAGGUGAAGAGUCACCCUGAGGUGCUGAACAGACAAAGCAGUCUGGUCUCCAAUCAGUCCAACUUUACAAAUGUGGGCAUUUUUUCAACUGAAAUCAAUGGUCCAUCGCUUCAGCUCAAUGAGCAGACAGCAGGAACAAAGCAGAAAUCUCUGACUGCAGCCGUCAUCAAGGACAUAGCAGACAUUCAAUUAGAAAUUAAGGAUUUUUCUCCUACCUCACUAACCGACUCGGAGGAGUUUGUAUCGGUUCCCAAUCAGCUUUUCUGGCGGAACAGGGACAAGCUGUGUUGGCUGGACUCGCUCCUUGCUGCUUUGAUAAACUGUAGGAGCUUGAGGAAGUGUAAACCUCGAGAUGAGCCUCAGCGAUCAUCUGUCUGGCAGCUGAUGAGAGAAUAUGGGGACGUUUGUGCUGCCGUUCAAGUCCAUCAGACCAACAGUGAUGGUGUGAUGAGGGUGCCAAGUCAUGUGCUGCAAACGGCUAGCAAAGACCUACAUAGUCUCAGGAUGUCAGUCUUCAAUCUGCUGCAGCCUAAGCUGCACUGCAAGCUGGGUCAGAGAGAAACUCCGGUAUUCGCCAUGCCGCUUCUGCUUGCGUUGGACUCCUGGGCGGAGCCUCUCUUCCAGUCGACCUUUCGGUGGGAGUUCAAGUGCAGUGAAUGUAGAGCAACUUUCUCAGAAAGGGUCAUGAAAACUCUUCCCACCUUCACAAAUAUUGAGCCUGAUUGGAGCCCACUUCAUGCAGUUCAUCUGGCUCCGUGCAAUGUUUGCUGCAGAAAGAACCAGAAGAGGACGAUGAUACUGGAGAAUGUGUCUCCAGUGUUUAUGCUGCACUUUGUCGAGGGGCUCCCUGACAGUGACAUCCGAAUGUACACCUUCACCUUCAAAGGAAGACGAUACUCGGUCACCACUGUCAUACAGUACGACCAGCGACUGAAGCACUUUGUCACCUGGAUGAGUCGUUCUGACGGGUCGUGGCUGGAAUACGAUGAUUUGAAACAUCCAGGAUGUAAGACCCAUCAGAAGCUCCCGGUCCCUGCCCAGGAGAUGCACAUCGUCUUUUGGGAAGUGGAGGAGGAUAAAGAGCCUCGUCUCUGUUCUCCCUCCAGCACAUUUACUGACUCUCCCCCAUCGAGAGCUGAGAAGAGCCCGACUCUAAACAUAGCAGCAGAUGAAGUGUUGGUUUGCUCCCCCGAUCAGUCUCUCCUCACACAUCACGACACUGACAUUAUCUCUGUGCUGAGCAGCAACAUCAUGGACACGACCAUUCCAGCCGACACAUCGAUAGGUUCCACGACGCUGCUCGAAACCUUCGAGGGCCUCAGCCACAACGACAUCAUCACACUCACGCUGGUGGAGUUAAAAACGGAUUCAGAGAUGACGCCUGCACAUGACGACAAGCAGACUCAGGAUUUGAACGACCCCUGUAAGAACCAAACGCUCGAUGCAUCACCGGACAGCUCCUCUGCCGUAAUAGGUGGUGAGAUGUGUCACCCCCCCGAUGCCGAUCCUCCCUGCAUCUCCGACACUGAAUCUGGGGACGGCUCGUUGAACGAUCCGACGUAUGUGCCCGGCGCCAGGAAAGGACGAGGUAGAGGAACGGGCAGAGGCAAAGCUGUCGGUAGACAAAAAGAUAAAAAAGCAACUCCACCUGUUUCACAACCUGUGAUGUCUGAGCCCUCUAAAGUAACCAGUGACAAACCUGAGGCCGCUGCAGCUCAGGAGAAAACGCCACCAACUAAAACUGCCGUGCCAACGCCCCCCUCGCUUUCUACUGGUACCAGUCAGAACUAUCCCACAAUGCAACCAGCACUAGUUCAGCAUGCCCGCUGGUCCUUCCUGCUCAGCAAAAACCCUUUAAACCCAGUGACCAAGUCCAAUGCAAAAUUCACCCCCACCUUCACACCCACCUCGGCCACACAGGUGAAACCCACUCCCAUCUCUCGCUCUAUCCCCAAACCUGUGAAGAGACAGCAGCAGACUCCCGGAGGAAUCCUCCCGAAACCCCAGCUCAGGACGGAGGAGAGUGACAGUCUCCCUCCGAAAGCUGCAGAAAUGUACGGUGGAUUCGGCACCAAGAGCUCAAACGCACCGAGUCCACUCGCGUCCCCCGCUCCUCUCAGUGGACAAACAAUGCCGUUUUCACCCAUCACUUCUCUCUGCCAAAAACCACUAAUGAACACAACAUUGGUGCCUUCUGCAUUCGUCCCUACGCCCAAAAAGAACGGGCACCCUAAGUCUUCGAAGGUUCCUCCAGAUCUUAGUGACACGGACGCCCUCCGCUACAAGCUGCAAAAGAAACUGAAAGCGAAGAAGAAGAAGCUCGCCAAGCUGAAUCAAAUGUUGGGUCAUCCGCAGGGAGCGAUCCUCCCACCACACAGCACUGACCUGAGCUCUCCCAACACUGUUAGCUCCAGUACGUACGACGGCUCCACCUGCAGCGACUUCCUCUCAGAUCUGCUCUCACCCGCGACCACAGCCAGCAACCUGUCGCCAGACAGCACCGACUUCCUGGAGAUGCUCGCCAAAGGACAGGGUGGAGUCAACCAGUUGGACUACGGGGUUAACGCCGGUGGGGCAGUGUCGCAGGCAAGUGCUUUUAUGAACGGGGCCGACACUGAAAACUUUAUGGACGAGUUUCUGUCUCAGGCUGUGGCUCAAGAGCCGACCGGGCUGGAGAGCGAGGAUCUAAGUGCACUCGAUCUGUUCAUGUGAACCGUGAAAUACGUGUUCACUGCUGCACUGAUAACUUCCACACUGACUAACUGCUUUGAGAAAAUUAUGCAAAAUGUUGUCAUUUAAAUAUCGGGACCUCAUCAAUCAGGAGGAAUGGGUUCUUGCAGCCAGUAACGAUUUGGUAAAAACCCAAGAUGUGUUAAGAUCAGUUGCUAAUGAACAUCUCACCAAAUUCUUGAUUGUCGUUCUCUCUCUGGUUCGUUUGGUUUAGUCGUUCUCUUUAUCCUCUCUCCCACACUACACACACAGAUGUGCGUUAUGCUUGACAAUUAGUGACGCUAUUAUCAAGACCACACACGGCAACGUGGUUAAAACUGUUCAUUGAAACUACUGUAAAGUCGCAGCACAGUGACCAUGGUUUAGGUUUGAUCCUUAUUCAAAUUGACAAUAACACAUUUAUCCACUGAUUGAGCCUUAAGUCACAAACUGAUAUCUUUAUAAAAUAAAGGCUGUAUCAUAAAAGAAGAAUCUAGAUUCUUGAAAUUAAGUUAUAUCUUUUGUUUAAUGCACUAAGGGAAAUGAAUGCACAUCUCGCUCCAAAUAAACCACCUGACAAUGAUUUCAGAUUUUAUCAAACGCUUCUGAUCGGGUUCAAACCCACAUGAAAAUGUUAUUUGCCUGUAAAAGUAUAAUUGAUAAUUUCUAAUAACUUCAUGAAGUUUAAAUGUGUCAACAAUGUUGGCUAUGAUUUGUUGAACAAAAUUUGCUGACGGCAUUUUGAUGAGUUUUCUCCAACUCUUGCACUUUUGUAGUUUGCAUGUACUGUAUGAACGAGGUUGUAUGAAGCUGUCGUGUUUUCAGCCAAAGCUGUUUGUUUGUUUGUUUGUUUGUUUUGUUUUUCUUGAAAAACCACUUGAAAGUUCUUGGGGACGAAGUUUCUUUUUUUAGGGUCGUUUAAUAAAUACUCUUAUAUGUA